AUGCGGAGCAAGCCCCCCUUCGAUGACGCCUUCCUUCAGAUGGACUAUUCCAAGAUUCCGAGGUUCAACAACAACAUGUGGUCGAUCGCCCUGUUGAACAGGACAUCGGAGCCGGAGGAAGUGGAGGAAGGCGAUGAUGAAGACAGACGGAACCUGCGUCAUAAGAGGAGGAAGAGUGUAGGAACAGGAGAUGCUGGACUAGCUUCUGAUGCUAUGUGGUGCCACUUGGAAGAGUACUACAACGAUGAGCUGCUGGACAAGUUCGCAGAGUUUGGGAUCAACUCUGUCCGUGUCCCAGUAGGGUACUGGUAUUUUGAUGACCUCGAGCUGUACCCGCUGGACGUCUGGCCUGUGCCACUGACCACCGGGGACCGACCUUAUGGCGUGAAUCCUGAGGGCUUCGUGACGCCCGGCACCCUCGCCUUGAGCAACGUCAUCGUGAAGCUGUGGAACAGAAACAUGAAGGUGAUGCUCGACAUGCACGCUCUCCCUGGCUGCAGCACGCCCUUCCAGUCCUACGCCGGCAUCGAGUGCGCCCCAGAAGCGCCAAACUUCUGGGAAGGACUGGCAGAAGACGGCAUCUCGAACGCAGGGGGCAGCCCCUACCCAACCACGCGGGAAAAGGAUGGAAAGACCUGGGCAGAUGUCUACUGGAAAAUCGCCCUGGACCGUGUGGUCCCCUACAUCAAGUUCAUCAACGAUCAGAUGCCCGGGGCCAUUAUGGCCUACGAGGUCAUCAAUGAGCCGGAUCUGCUGCAGCACGAUGCAAAGCAGCAGGCAGUUCGGUCUGCCACCGUGGGGCUGGCGACCGUUAUGUCGCAAUUUCUGGACGACGUGGGCUUCGGCAUCAACGAUGGCACGGAGAAUUACAACGCCACCGCGAUCUCCAAGGACCUCCUUGGCCCUUACUCACCACUGAAGGAUCGCUGGUUGCUAGACAUCCAUCACUAUUUCAACUGGCCGGCCAUGUGCAACGUCUACGGCGAUGACGAAAGUCAUAUCUCCGUGCCCUGCGUGUGUGAGGCCAACGUGCCCAACACCACGCAUCAGUACGAGCAGCACACCUGGGCGGGCUUCAUGAAGAUGGGGCUCCUGGACAAGGGGUACAGGCUCUACAUCGGAGAGUGGAGCGCUGGGCUACAGGUGGCCCGGAACUGCAACAAUCCCACGAAGCUGCCGAAUCCCAAGCAGGCCCAGGUCAUGUGGAGGGCGCAGAAGUUCUCCUUCCUCCGGAACUACCUACACUACCGGGGCCUGGCGGCAAACGACGAGUCCUCCUUCUUUGGGGACUACUACUGGGCCGGUCGCAUGGGCCACAACUGGAAUGCUGAUCCUGCCGUCUGCUGCUGCGAAGAGGACACUGACUGGGUGGAUUUCGAGUGGUGGGACUGGAGCCUGGUGAACCUCAUCAGGCUGGGCUUGGCAAAGCCGCUGUCGCAGAUGGGUUGGACGCCAGAGAGCCUCGAAAGCUACGAAAGGACGUUUGCGUGGGGUCCUUCCAGAUCAACUGCGGACCCUUCUGAGCUUCAAGGACCUUUGAAAUCCCUGCAGGAGCGGCGGCAACAUGCCGGGUGCAUGCUCUGGAAUUUUGACCUGGGCUGGCGCGGCCCUAGAGAAUGA